UAGCUUUGGAGCCGAUUCCAUUCUUAUGAGAUUUAUUGGGAAAGAUGAAUCUCAUGCUCCGCCGAGCAGCUUCCGCCUUCCCAACCUCCUCCUCUCGUCGUCUCUUUAGCGGGAGUUGCUUCGAUUCCACGGCGCCAGCGGCAGCGGCUUCGCCGGAUUCCUCUCCCGGUGGGCUUUAUGGCUUCCCGGUGCUUAGAACCGCCAAGGGUUUCCGUCGAUUCGUCGAUGACGCUAUUGAGAGGUCUGGCGAGCUUGUCUCCUAUGUCUCUCUGCUGCCGCCUUCUGGCGAAAUCAUCCGGGCCUUGGAUGAGAUCUCGGACACUGUUUGUGCUGUUAUUGAUUCAGCGGAGCUGUGUAGGAAUACGCAUCCUGACAGGGAGUUUGUAGAGGAAGCUAACAAGGCGUCUAUGAGGAUCAUUGAACACCUGCACUUUUUGAAUACCAAUCAAUCUCUUUAUGAUGCGGUUAAACGGGCUGAGGACAUUCCCCUGCUAACAGAUGAAGCUCAAAGAGCAGCGCAUGCCCUACGCACUGACUUUGAAAAGGGGGGCAUUCAUCUUCCUGCAGAUAAAUUGGAGCGGGUUAACAAAUUGAAUGUUGAGAUUGCUCACCUAGGGAGAGAGUUCAAUGAAAAUAUUAUGAUUGAUCCAGGUUCUUUGGAUAUAUUCCCAGCGUCACGCAUCCCAAAGCAUAUGCAUCAUUGUUUUAAACCUAUUUAUCAGCCCAUACAUAAAAUGACAAAGGGAGAACUGAAGGUUGAGGACAUUAAGAAAGAAAAGGGUUUUCGAGUUAGAACUGACCCAAGUAUGCUAUCGUCACUUUUGCAGUUUGUAUCAGAUGCUGAGGUGAGAAAACAAUCUUACAUAACAGGGAACUCUGCCCCACAUGCAAACCUCGGUGUUCUCAAUAAACUCAUAAGUGCUCGUCAUGAGCUUGCUCAGAUAAUGGGCUGUAAAUCUUAUGCUGAGUUUGCUAUCCGUUCAAACAUGGCAGCAUCAUCGGUCAUUGUUUCAUCAAUUUUGCUUAAUUUAAGCAAGAUUGUUAAACAUAAAGCUGAUGAGGAGUUCUUGAGCAUGCGUGAUUUCAAGAGGCAAGUGUGUUGUGGAGAAAAUUUAGAUUUAGAGCCAUGGGAUGAGUCUUAUUUUACUAGCAUGAUGAAAUCUUCAUUGUAUGACUUGGAUCCUUCGGUUAUUGCAUCAUAUUUUCCCUUGUCCCAAUGCCUUGAAGGCUUAAAAAUCAUGGUCAACUCAUUGUUUGGUGCAACCUUCCAUAAAGUUGCCUUUGCUGCCGGGGAGUCAUGGCAUCCGGAUGUCAUUAAGUUGUCACUUCAUCAUCCCCAAGAGGGUGACUUGGGUUUUCUUUAUCUUGAUCUUUACUCUAGAAAGGGGAAGUAUCCAGGCUGUGCACAUUUUGCCAUUAGAGGUGGGCGCCAAAUAUCUGAGAAGGAAUAUCAACUUCCUAUUGUGGCUUUAGUCUGCAAUUUCUCAACUGGAACUGGAUCGAUGGCUCCAAGGAUCAAUCACUGUGAUUUAGAAACACUUUUUCAUGAAUUUGGCCAUGCUCUUCAUUCUCUUCUAUCAAGAACGGAUUAUCAACACUUCUCAGGUACUAGAGUUCUCCUUGAUUUUGCUGAAACACCUUCCAACCUUUUUGAGUACUAUGCACGGGAUUAUCGUGUUUUAAAGACAUUUGCUAGGCAUUAUGUAACUGGAGAUGCGAUACCUGAGAAAUUAGUGACAGUAAUGAAUGGUGCUAGAAAUAUGUUUGCAGCAACAGAGCUCCAGCGGCAGAUAUUCUAUUCAAUGAUUGACUUAACACUCUUUGGAGAAGAGGCAGCUGCGUCGAGGGACACUGUUUCGGUUGUUUCCGAUUUGAAAAGGCAAUACACAUCGUGGAAGCAUGCUGAUGGCACCCACUGGCACACCCGGUUUAGUCACCUAAUAAAUUAUGGUGCAGGCUAUUACAGCUACCUCUACGCAAGGUGUUUUGCGUCAACGAUAUGGCAGCAGGUAUGCUGUGAGGACCCCCUGUCCCCAACCGUUGGGGCUGCUAUUAGAUCAAAACUUCUACAGCAUGGUGGGGCGAAAGACCCUGCUAAUUUGUUGAGGGAUUUUGCUGGCGAUAACAUUCUGGAAUGCUGUGAUGGAGGGGUAGCGCCUAAUAUUACUAGUCUUCGUGAAGAAUUGGGCUUGUAAUUGAUUGACCAGGUCCUUAAAAGGUUUGAUUUUGCACAAGUUGGAAUGAUUUAUGCCCAAGUGCUACUACAGAAUAAGCUCCAAUUGUUCUUUUCUUGGGGGUUUUCAGUUUCAGAAGUGGUUAUAUGUACAAUUUUGCGAGAAUAUGGAAAUUGGCAUGCCACAAACUCAAGUGUUGUGGUUGUUUUCAAAGAUUUACA